CAUCUCGUCGUGCAUAAUCACCCAGGCGACUCUCCCUGCUACUUGUGCGUGUUCUGAUGCUCGCCUCGACUCUUCCUCCAUCGUCAACAUCUGCACAGCUGCUGCUGCUGCUUCUGCCCCAUUGACGCAGGAGGGUUUUGAGUCAGUUCUUCGCAGUGGAUUUGAGUUCACACGGCAGGAGGCAGGGCGAUUCAGUUUAUCAAUCUGUAUUGCAGUGGAGCAGCGCAGAAUUGCUGCGAGUAAGGAGGAAAAAUGGGCACGAAGCUCUGUCUCGAUUUGUUUGCGCGGGUCUGCAGAUUUUGAAGGACCACAAUCGAAAUUUGGAACUAUAUGACACGUUCAAAUGUUCAAAGUUGCAGUAUGGAAAGCUCAGAAGAGCAGAAGAGGAUUGCAGUUUAGUGGAAUGGAAUCGAGUUCACGAGAACAUGGUGUUUGGUCUCUCUGGCAUCAAGUCUCUGCAAGCGGCGCGCAAUGGUUGACUAAUAAGUUCGAACAAUUAAUAAGGGAUUUUCUUUAGCUGCAGUAGUUUGCACAUUUGCCCCUGGGACUAUUGGGUUACGGCCGAGGCUUUUCUCAUGCAUUGCCUAUUCAUCAUCAGCUGUGAUCACAGUGAUUCUGGUUUCUCUAACCGCACGACUGCUUGCAUCACUUUUUUACUGGAUAGUUUAUAACCAGGAUGCCAUUGGCUUAUGGGAAAAGGGACUGUUAUUCAGAAGACACUGGUGGUGGUCCCUUAACAGACUUUGUUGCUCAACCAGCAGCUUGUGGCGUUGCUGAGGAUCAUGUACUGAGGAGCUACCUUUCCCUGUCAUUCUUGGGAAUUGGAUCAAGUCACAAGGAUUGGAAGUAGAGGGCUUUUUUCAAAUUUUAUUUCGUGCUUCCGUACCCUCUGAAUGGUAGUUGGGGUGACGGGCUCUGGUGCAGGUCUUAGGAUUUCAUGUCUUCUGUUUGACUAUUCGCAAUGCUUGGGGUCGGGACGGAGUUUUGGAGUUUAGGAUACGAGUGGCUAUUUAAUUAAGAGACAGUUUGCUCUUCCGCCUUGUGUGCGUGACGAGUAAGAGUGAAGUGGUUUGUAAGGAUCCGAGCCGGAAGCAUUUCAAGGAGAAGCCACAACCUGGCAGUGGCCUCAAGAUGGCUGAGCUAACAGAAGAUGAUCGAGACACAACCUUACGGUUCAAGUUUCCAGUUGGGCGUCAGUAUUCUUUGAGGUGACAAUGAGAGAAGUUGUCGUUGGGAGAAAUCCAAGUGGUGGAUGCAAUGUCGCGCCAUACUUCGGGCUCGGCGUUCCACAAGUCGAAAACCCUCAAUGACAAAUACAUGCUUGGUGACGAAAUUGGAAAAGGUGCAUAUGGGCGAGUGUACAAAGGGCUGGACUUGGAGAAUGGCGACUUUGUGGCCAUUAAACAGGUCUCAUUGGAGAAUAUUCCACCAGAGGAUCUCGCUAGCAUUAUGUCGGAGAUCGACCUUUUAAAGAAUCUCAACCACAGAAACAUAGUGAAGUAUCAAGGCUCUUUCAAGACUAAAACGCAUCUUUACAUCAUACUUGAAUUUGUUGAGAAUGGUUCUCUGGCUAACAAUAUUAAGCCCAACAAAUUCGGGGCUCUUCCUGAAAACGUUGUGGGACGCUACAUUGCUCAGGUGUUGGAAGGUCUUGUUUACUUGCACGAGCAGGGUGUCAUUCACCGUGAUAUCAAGGGUGCCAACAUACUGACCACGAAGGAGGGAGAGGUAAAACUCGCAGAUUUUGGAGUUGCCACCAAAUUAACCGAGGCUGACAUCAACACUCAUUCUGUUGUUGGUACACCUUAUUGGAUGGCUCCUGAGGUCAUUGAGAUGUCGGGAGUCAGUGCUGCGUCGGAUAUCUGGAGUGUGGGCUGCACAGUGAUUGAGCUGCUGACAUGCGUCCCACCAUACUACGAAUUGCAACCCAUGCCAGCUCUCUUUCGCAUUGUACAGGACGAUCAUCCGCCCUUACCAGAACAUAUAUCUGAAGUCAUCACCGAUUUUCUUCGCCAGUGUUUUCAAAAGGAUGCAAAACGACGACCAGAUGCACAGACUUUGUUGAGUCAUGCUUGGAUUCGAAAGUCUAGGCGCGAGAAACGAAAUGAAAUUAUCAGUACUGUUCCUCGAGAAACUCCAUCCACAGAAGAUGCCACUAGUGAGGAGAGUAGACAGCAAAAUGCGGGACCAGUAUCCAGUGCUAGACCCACAACCAGGGAUUCUUUUGAGACUGGCUCAGAUGAGGGAAACGGCCAUUCUCUAACAGCGAGUCCUGAGGCGAGCAGUGGUCAAAGCAACAGCAUUGGUCCACGUGCUCCUCUUCGCAUUCCAAGCCAUGGUAUUGCGCACUUUCCUCGAUUACCAGGGAGUCAUGAUCAAGACUUAAUUGAAAUGAACAUGCCCAGCACUGCUAAAAGGUUGCCUCCUACGGUAACUACCCCAUUAACUAGACCUCCUGCAGGUGUACGGGUUUUGGAUUCCUCAGAGCCGACCGUACAUAAUGUAGUGCUUCAAAGAACACCCAGUGACACUGAAGAACAUGUGAAAUUCGAAGUAAGUGGGAUGCGGAGUACCUCAGGGAAGUUUACUCAUAUUCUUCCAGGUCAAGAGGAUGUGGAAGGGAUUGGUUCCUUAUUGGGAACAGAGUUUAAUAGUAAGAAAACCGAUAAUCAUGGAAUGAAAGUCGAAGCAAAUGGAAAUCAUUUAUCCUUACAGGCAGGAAAACCAUCCCCCGUUCAUUCUAGCAAAUUGACUGAUGGACCGUUGGAUGAUAAUACAAACGACCUAUUUUUUGGGGUGCAAGAAGUAUAUCCCCCAGUUUCAGCGGUUACUAAUCAUGGCUUACCUCCUCGUGGGGGUUCUUCUGAGAUUCAUGUCACAGCUGCGAAGGCGAAGGUGAAGACGGCUAAAAAACGAGUAGAAGCUGAGACUUUACAACCUGCAAAACCAAACGGAUAUGAAAGUUCUGUUGAUCUUGAUGAUGAUGAAAGCAUAAGAACUGGCCAGUGUAUGGUGACCAGGGCAGAGGGCGCUGAGUAUUUGGCUAAGCAGGCUUUAGAAGUAAGUCGGUUGAUGUCAAUGCUGAAGUUAGAUGAGACCGAGGAGGUGAUUCUUGCAGCUUGUCAGAAACUAUUCAGCAUUUUUCAAGAAUUUCCAAACCAAAGGAAGGACUUCAUGAGGCCUCAUGGCAUCAUUCCGCUUAUUGACAUGCUUGACAUGAACAACAUCAGGGUUGUAUAUACAGUGUUGAGAGUGUUGAAUCUGAUCACGGACGACAACAUUGAACUCCUAGAAAGUGCUUGUCGUGCUGGCAUGAUCCCUAUAAUGAUGGGCUUUGCAAGUGCGGAGUGUUUGAAGGAGGUGCGCAUGCAGGCAGCAUAUUUCAUAAAGAAACUCUGCCAGAAAAGUUCUUUGACUUUACAGAUGUUCAUUGCAUGCCGGGGCCUUCCAGUAUUAGUUGGUUUCUUGGAGAAAGAUUAUUCAAAAUAUAGGGAAAUGGUGCACAUGGCCUUAGAUUGUAUAUGGCAGGUCGUUGAUCUCCCUGGCUUGAGCCUAAAAAAUGAUUUCUGUCACAUAUUUGCAAGAAGCAGUAUACUUGCUCGAUUGGUUGACACUCUUCAUACCCUCAGCGAAGCCUCCCGGCUGCUUAGCACUUCAUUGGCCACUGAGCGACCCUAUCAGCCCAGUAUUGAAAACGUGUCUACUAACAUUGGUAACCAGAAAACAACUCUUGGAUUGAGUAAUGGAGAUUCCGCAAGGAUGCAGCCUGUGCAGGGGCAUCAGGCAGGGCUAUCUGGGCUACCGGAAUUUUCGUGGCAAAAUUUACCUGGGCAAGUGGGAUAUGCUGGGCUGCACUCCGGGAAUCUGACUCAUUCAAAACUGACAAUCCUAUCUGGUCGACUUUCAGACCCCUUUCAACCAGGGUACGGAGAAAGUAUGUGGGUUAUGGGUGGCGGUGGUGGUGAUCAAAGGGAAAGAGAUGAUGAAGCAAGGUCAGAUGGUGAGGCCAGGCCGCUUCUAGCGGAUGAAGUAUGGGGUACAUCUAAGUGUAUUAAUGGGUUGGUGGACAUCUCUCAACUAGACGAGGUUCCAGUUAGAGAGAUCUCAUCGCCAACCCUCCACUCAGGUGUUUUGCCGAAAAUGAAUGGUGAUUUCGACUCAAUGGCGGCUAGUUUCACAGAUACUGAGCAGGAAGGACGGAACUUAGAGAUGAAUCAUAUUCCUUCUCCGAAGCAUGGGUGGGGGAACACUGGCAUUCUUUCACCAUCAGCCCAUCUCUCCCCAUCAUUAUCGGCCCGUAUGAAUUUAAAGCUUUCAGGAGCAUCACCAAAUAGGGCAGAACCUGUGAUCAAUAGUUCAAGUUCGACUUCUCAAACUGCGUCUGGUGUCUUGCACGCACAUGAGAGUGCCUCUUCAUCGGGUCAACUAUCUCGACUGCAAGUUUCAGCUAAUCCUGAGGAAGCUCAAGAGUACUUGGGAAAGGUGGCAAAUUUGUUACUGGAAUUCUCUCGUGCUGAUACAGCUGUUAAAAAGCACAUGUGUAGCACAAGCCUUUUGCAGCGUCUUCUACAGGCGCUGAGUACGUUACAACCACCAGUUCUUACGAAGAUUUUAGAGUGUAUCAAGCAGCUAUCUCAAGAUCCGCACACUCUUGAAUAUUUACAACGCGCUGAGGCGAUGAAGCAUUUGAUUCCUUUCCUCGAGGCUCGUGAUGGACCGUAUUUGGACCAAAUUCACAACCAGGUACUUAAUGCCCUGCACAAUUUAUGCAAAAUUAAUAAGCGGCGACAAGAGCAGGCAGCUGAGUGUGGCAUAAUUCCUCAUUUGAUGUAUUUCAUAAAGAUUAAUUCGCCUCUGAAGCAGUUUGCUCUUCCAUUAUUAUGUGAUAUGGCUCAUGCCUCACGGACAACGAGGGAGCUGCUACGAAGAAAUAGGGGCUUGGAGGUUUAUCUGGCUCUACUUGAUGAUGAGCUUUGGGCAGUGACUGCUCUCGACUCCCUGGCUGUGUGUCUGGCACAUGACAAUGAGCAGCGGAAGGUGGAACAGGCACUCCUCCAGAAGGAGUCUGUUCAGAGACUCGUUGCCUUCUUUCAGUCAUGCGGGGCCCCUUCUUUUGUUCACAUUCUUGAACCAUUUCUCAAGAUCAUCAGCAAAUCGGUUAGGCUGAAUUCUGCAUUAGCAGUCUCCGGUUUAACACCAUUGCUGGUAGCGCGUCUAGAAAAUCAAGAUGCCAUUGCUAGACUCACCCUGCUGAAGCUGAUCAGAGCUGUUUACGAGCAUCACCCUCGGCCUAAGCAACUCAUUGUGGAACACGAUUUGCCAACCAAGCUUCAAAGACUGAUUGAAGAACGUCGCGAUGGCGAACGUUCAGGAGGUCAAGUGCUGGUAAAGCAGAUGGCUAUGGCUCUUUUGAAUGCUUUGCAUAUCAACACUGUGCUAUAGAGCUUCUCCCAGGUUGUAGAACAUUCCAUAGACCCUCCUUUGAGGGCCUUGGGUAUCCCUUCUGUGGACGUGUACCAUGCAGUUACAAUCAUCAAAGUAAGAAACCUUACCGUAACUGACUCUGGAUCUUUAUUUUACUUUCAUGUGAAAGGUGAAGUACAUGCAAACCUAAACAUCUCAUUCAGCAAAGUGAACAUUGGUUUAAAUGGAACUGGUUUGCCAGCCCAUGUUGGUGUGUAA